GAAGAAAGGUCGAGAAAUCGACAGCGCCGGUUUUAGAACUCGGAAUAAUCUUCAAACUCCAUCAAUUAAGAGGAAAAAAACGGACUUUGAUUCUUGGCUAAGGAAGCGAAAGCGCGCACGGACACGAAUUUGAGGUCUGAUUGCCGCCGGAUCCUUGCUUUCGUCGGUCGGAGGAUUCUUAAUCCGAGAGUUUUGUACUUUUUUUUCCCCCUUCGUAGUAUUGUCUCUAAUUUCAUCUGAUAACCCCGGGAUCGAUUAUCCUUCCGACCGAUGUUCAAGUUUUGGGGAUCUCAGGAGGAACAGGUACGUCCUCCUCAAGAUGUUAUCACACAAUCAUGGUAUCCACCUUCUGUUAGCUCCUCUCGCCCUGGAACCCCAGGUAGCACCUCCUCCAGGCCACAAUCUCCAUCACACGUUUCACCGGCUGAAGCUGCUGGCAUUAUUUCUGCUUUGAAGGACAAAAGUGUUGAUGAGUUACGAAAGCUAUUGUCGGACAAGGAUGCAUAUAAUCAAUUCCUCCUUUCACUCGACCAGAUUAAAAUUCAGAACAACCUAAGAGAUGAGCUGCGCGAGGAAACUCUUCAGCUUGCAAGUGAGAACAUGGAAAAGGAACCACGCAUCAUGGAACUUAGAAACCAGUGCAGAAUAAUCCGGACAACUGAACUGGCUGCUGCUGAGGAGAAGCUGAACGAGCUUGACCGAAAGAAGAAAGAGAUCUUGAACCUCUGUUCUCCUGCUUCACUUAUCCGAAGGCUUCAAGAGAGAAUGAAGGAGACUGAAGAGGAGUCAGACAAUCUGCACAGACAGCUCCUUGACAGAGAGAUAGAUUUGGGUUCUUUUACUCACAAAUACAAGAAGCUGCGUAUGGAUUACCACCGGCGAGCUCUCAUUCAACUUGCUGCUACCACCACCUGAGCUGAACUGCAGAACAUUGAUAGCGACACUGAUCAUGUAAAUUCUUACUCUUUUACUGCUUAUGCAACUGCUACAAACACUUUUUCAAGUAGAGGUUGAAAUCAUUUGAAUCCCAGAUGGGGUUUUUACCAGUUGUUUCCCUUGUGAAAGUCUGUUCGUUUUACUGAUGACAGUAAUUUGAUUCUUUGUUUUCAUUUUGAUGAUCGCUUUUUCUCUUUGUAAUAAUCAUUGUAAAAAAUGAUACCCGUUCACUUUUACUUUUCAUAUCCUC